UACCAGACGACGGUUCUCGGCUUGGAUCGGCGUCGCGGUUCCUAUCCGUUGGCCGAUCGGCUUACCCUCUCUACCUGAUCUCUGUAUUUCCUAUCACUUCAGUCUAGUCUCUCUCCACUCAUCAGUCUGAGAACGAUUUGGUCAACAGCAGCAGGAGGAUACUGUAGAGAUUCUUGAUUGAAUAAGCUUAGUGAACAAGAUGGAUCAUCAAAAUGGAUAUGGUGUGGAAAUCACUGAGCUGUUUCUGAGAUAUAUCUCGGUGCAAUCCAACAUAUUGAUAUUGUCAGGUCGGGUGAGCAAGCGUGCACUGCUUAUGUGAUGUUCAAGGAUUCUUAUUCUCAGGAAAUUGCCGUCUUACUCAGUCCUCAUCCUCAACAAGGCGAGUUCAACGCCGGAGAAGCAGUGACAAAAGCUCAAGAAGUGGUGAAGUCAAUGCUAGCCACCGGAUUCGUGCUGGGCAAAGACGCUUCUCUGACGAUUCCCACGGUGUAUCAGCUGCAGCAGUGGCUAGAGUAUCUCAACUAGACCAGAGGAUCGGUCUCACUGACUAAAUCUUUUCCGGAGUUGAAGCUGUCAGACUGACCGACCAGAAGUACCAUGUUUCAGACAAAGCAAAAUCAGCCGUUUCUGCCACAGGAAGAACCGUGGCAGCAGCUGCAAAAUCUCCGGACUUCAUAAGCGAUCUACCUCAGAGCAUAAUUCAUAUCUACUCAUAUAAAUGUUCUAAAAAUCCCCUUUUUAUCGAAAUUUUCUAUUUAUACUACUUAAGUCGGUUUAAAUUGUUCGAAAACAGUUAUAUUUGAUUUAUAUUAGUAUAAAUUUGUAAACC